CAGAGCUACCUACAUGAAAUUGAUUAACUAAUCAAACUAUCUUCCUUAUACUUCCACAGAUAAUGUUUUAAUUUACAAAUUUAUUCAUCAUAUAACUAUCAGGGAAGUAUUAGGCUUCUUGUUUUCACAUGCCUAGCGGCUUCCACACAAACACACCUGCAUGCUCACUCUACGUAAUUCCUUUUUGCAGCCGAGUAUACGGGUAAGAAACCAAUAUAUUACGACACAUGGAAGCAGACGCACUUUUCAUACACCUUUCUAUAUUGCAGAUUACGUCAAACUGCCGUCUGCUGUAGGAGGGUGGGAGAGUAUAAAAGCAGACUAAACCAUCGAAGAUUCGUCACUUGCUCGGUCCAGUCGCCAAUCACACACAACCAUGAACAAGGCAGUCAUUCUCCUCGGCACCUCUUGCCUUCUUGCCAUCGCCAUCAUGCAGGUGUCCGCUUAUUACUAUGGCAACUCGAUGAUGUACGGUGGUGCGGGAUAUCCUUUAUCCAUGGCCGGUGGUGCUGGAGGUCUUGGUGGUGCAGGAGGUCUCGGUGCUCGUAGUAAUUACUAUGACAACUACUACAGACAGUACGAUCGCUACAACCGUGCCCAGGCUACCAGAACUAUUGCCAGAUCCAUCAAUGGUCUCCAAACAUCCGCCCUCCUCAGUCUGUUUUCUCUGUUCGGUCUCGCCAUGCUUGCCACCAACACCACUGGUACUCUUGCUGGUUAA